UUUUUGUGAUUUACAUCAUAGUCUAUAUUGUAUACUGUAUAUUUCAUUUCAUGUCCAAAACGAUAUCUUUUGCCAUACUAACUAAGUUGUCUGGACUGGACCAAGAUGGUGUCGUUCAAACCACAAAACGACGAGGCCGGACGAGCCGAAGAAGCAGAACACCAUGGCGAGUCCUCCACACGACGAGAGCCUGAUGAGAACACUCGUUUACUACCACAUGGGUCCAGCGAAGGCUAUCUGAGUCCGGAUGACCCUGCUGUAUCACCAUACAACCUUUGGUCCGUCCGCGCCCUUCGUUUCUUCUCCUCUCUCUUUCUCGCCAUCAGCUUCGUUUGGUGGGUUCUUCUACUCAUCUCAAUCUUCGUCAGCCCCCCCGGCAUGCACAACCGUGGUUCAGGGUUCACUGAUUUCUCCUACACAACCUUGACCGUCGGCAACCUUAUUAUUAGCCUCCUCUUCUUCGCCGUCCCGUCUCGGCCAAUGAUCAUCUGGAACGGCAUCCUGGCGCUUCUAUUACUCGUUGACGUGCUAAUCAUCGUCGCUGUGCCUCGUCUGCGCUUCGAAGAAGGUGGUGUUGGCAUCGCAUCUGUGGUGUGGGCUGCGCUCAUCACCAUCUAUAACGUCGCGCAGAUCUAUUUCGUUGAGAAAGGGAAGGAGCAGGAAGAAGAGCGACUAACCGGCCGCGUGGAAACCCGCCGCACGCUGUUGGAAUGGUUGGCGGUGUUGGCUGAAACGGUGGUUCUGGGCAUCGUCGCGAUUGUAGUCAUUCUCCUCACUGCGACACUGAUCCUGCGCGCCCGAGACGCCAGUAUCGAAGCCCCCGGGAAGAAAUACGCUGUGAACAAUGCAAAAUACGAGAUUCAUCUAGCAUGUGUGGGGGACAGUGCUGAAAAUGACAGGCAAAAUCUAUCAACAAUCCUCGUCGAGGCGGGCGAGGGCCCAUCUGAACACACUCUCCAGCCAUUCAUCCACAACGCCUACGCCAACGGUACUAUCCAUCGCUACUGCUACUGGGAUCGUCCUGGCUUCGCAUGGUCUGACAACGCCCCCUCCCCGCAUUCAGCUGGCAUGUCUGCCGAUAUCCUCUCCGAAGCGCUGGCUCUGGCCGGGGAGCAAGGCCCAUGGAUACUCGUUUCAGCGGGGGUGGGCAGCAUCUACAGUCGGAUCUUCGCCAGUCGCCACGUCCACGACGUCACUGGUUUAUUAUUAAUCGAUCCCACACACGAAGAUCAGCUACAGAAGAUCGCCAGCCCAGGCCGCGGCUUCAGGCUCUGGGGACGGGGUAUUGUCUCCCCUCUGGGCUUGGACCGACUUGCCGGCGCCAUUUUCAAGGGCCGCACUAGAGAAGAUCGAGUCUACGGGCGAGUCUCCUACCAAGGCGGACGCUUCAUCAAGGCCAAAUUACAAGAAAACCUCGCUGCAGAGAGUAUGACGGCAAGCGAGAUCGCCAGUGCAAAGAAUAUCCAGACGCCUGAAACGCCACUUGUGAUUGUGAGCUCGGGCGUGGAGGUUGGCCGAAGCGAGUCGUGGGCAAAACAGCAAGAGGCGCUGACCAAAAUCACAGAGCAUUUGGUUGCAUGGGAUAUUGUCAAGGGCGCACCGCAUGAGGUUUGGGAGACGCUGAAGGGGCGAGAGGCGGUGGAGAAAAGACUAGGUGAAUUGGUUAGGCAAUGAUGAAUACUGGUUUGGUGGUUGUUCAUGUUUGGAGCAGAUAUGUGUUCUAGUCUCAAAUUGUAUAAGUUGUACUCGUAAUGAUAAUAUACCUGGAUAAUAUUGUUUUAAUAUUGUUUCAUCAUGUCGGUUGAUUUCAACGCAGAGUCCUAUGCAACUCCGAUUGACUUCUCGAGAUUAUAACAGGUCCAUCUAUUUGAGUUUCUCCAUGAUGUAUAAUAGCAACUACCAAAUGAAAUUUUUGACAUCGAAAAUUUUGUGGGAUCGCCGGAAGGAUGCAAAUGCCACGUCCUAAAAGGAUAAGAUUAUAGUCUGAAUGAGUCAGUUUUGGAUCAAACGCAGCCAGCACUAGGGAGUCGGGCCAUCAUGUAUUCGGUUUAUCAGGCUGUGUA